CGCCGGGCGCCUGCUGGCCCGCUCCGCCGAGGAUGCUGCACACCCCCGCCGCAGGCUGGACACUGCUGCUGUGCGCCCUGCUGGGGCGCCUGGCCGCCGCCGGCAGCCCAGAAUUACCAAUAGCAGUUAAUAUAACUUGGUCUUCAAUCAAUUUUAAAACAAUACUACGAUGGCAACCAAAACCAUCUGAUUACUUCUACACAGUAGAAAUACACGGACAGACAUCUGACACACAAAAAAAAUGUAUUCUGACAGCAGAAACAGAGUGUGAUGUUACUGAUGUGCUCAGGAAUGUAAGAGAGACCUAUACGGCACAUAUACUGUCUGUAACAUCCUCAAGGAUGGAUAACUUUGAAGAACCACCUUUUGCAGUCUCUGAAAAAUUCACACCUUAUAAUCAGACUAUUCUUGGAAAACCAGAGAUCCAGAAUUAUACACAAAAAGAUUCCAAACUGAACAUUGUGUUCAAAGACCCACUUACACCAUAUACAUUUCCCAAUGGAAGCUUUCAAAGUAUUCGAGAUAUUUUCAGACAUGAUCUGCAGUAUAAACUUUAUUACUGGAAAGACCAAAGUUCUGGAAAGAAAGAUGCAACAACAAAAAGCCAUAAAUUCGAAAUAAACGUUGACAGCACGAAGAACUAUUGCUUCUACAUACAGGGAAUCAUUCCCUCUCGCAGAGAAAACCGUGAUGGUCAGGAAAGCAUGGUGCUUUGUACCAGUGUAGGAAGAAAUAUUUUAGAUGAAUAUGGAGCUGAAGUCUUCAUUAUCAUAGCAGUGAUAGCAAUUGCAGUCAUCACUCUUGCCAUUGUCCUGUCAGUGAUCCUUUGUAAACGCAAGAAUGCAAAACCUGCAAGAGAAAAGGAACCACUUAAUAGUAUUUAAGGAAUAACUAUAACUAUCAUGGAUACUAGUGGCAAUUCCAAAGCAAAAAAAAAAAAAAAAAAAAAAAAAAAAAGUAAA